GGAGUAGACCAAGAGAUCACUCAGAAUCAUCUUUGCCAAUAUUACUCAUAUACUUACAUCUUUCGUCUCGUAUGGGUCGAGUUCAAGAAGAGGGAAGGGGUCCGGUUCAUGGCUUCCGGUUAUCGACCGUGAGUUCGUCCCGGCCAACAGAGACCGGUACCACUCACGAGCUCACCGGUUUAGACCUCGCCAUGAAGCUCCACUACUUAAAGGUGGUUUACAUUUACUCUGCCGAGACAGCAAGUGACUUGACCGUGAUGAACGUCAAAGCCCCCUUGUUUCCAGUGUUCGAUCAGAUCUCAUGGAUCACUGGCAGGUUAAGGCGGCACGAAUCGGGACGCCCGUACAUAAAGUGCAACGACUGCGGCACACGUUUCGUGGAAAGUCAUUGUGAUCUCACAGUGGACGAGUGGCUCCGUGUACCGGACCGGUCCGUUGAUGAGUCCUUGGUUUACCAUCAACCUGUUGGACCAGAAAUGGCAUUCUCUCCUUUGAUUUAUAUUCAGAUGACCCGGUUUAGCUGCGGUGGAUUAGCUUUAGGCUUGAGCUGGGCUCAUAUUAUGGGAGAUCCAUUAUCGCUUUCUCAUGUCUUCAACUUAUGGGCUCGGGCUUAUGUUGGUGAGAAGAUCCACUGUCCCAAAACCUCUGAGUUAGAAAGAGUGUUUCAAAACCCGAACUCAACGGGCAAAGAACCGGAAUCAAUCAAACGGGUUGACCCGGUUGGGGAUCUAUGGGUCGCUCCAGGUAACAACAAAAUGACAACAUUCUCCUUCAAUUUAACGGUUAACGAGAUUAAAUCACAUUUUCCGGCGACCGGAGAAAACGAAUUCGAGAUUCUCAGCGGGAUCAUAUGGAAAUGUAUAGCCAAAGCGAGAGGAGAAUCAGCUCCGGUUACGAUUACGGUUAUCAAAUCGGAUCCGAACGGGUUAAAACCCAGAGCGGUGAGAAACAGUCAGAUGAUAAGUUCCGUUCACGUCGAUUUCUCGGUGGCGGAGGCGAGUUUGGAAGAGAUUGUGAAAUCGAUCGGUGAAACGAAUGACGAGAGGUUUGGGAUCGAUGAGACUGUUGACGAUGUUACGGAUUUUAUUGUUUACGGAACGAAUUUGACAUUUGUGGAUCUGAGCGGAGUUGAUUUUUACGAGGCGAAAGUUAUGGGGAAGUCGCCGGAAUCGGUUUAUUGUAAUGUUCAGGGAAUAGGUGACGGUGGAGUGGUGGUGGUUAUGCCGGGGGGUGUGGAGGAGGAAGAGAGGGCUGUGACGGUGACGUUAUCGGAUGAUGAGAUUGAGAAGGUGAAAUGUGAAAUGAACAAGUGUGGAUUGAUCACGGUGUUAGUUGUAGCUAACGGUGAAUGACAAAAAAAUGGUUUGGUCUAUUGUUUCAAACAUUGUUUUAUUUUGUGGUAUUUUUUUUUAAAAC